AAGGAAAGAGAAAACGUGUGUUUAUGAGUAAAGUGGGUUUGCAAAGACUGUACUAAUUGAACUGCUUGACGCAGAGAGCAUUGCCUAUUCUAGAAGCAUACAUCACGCGCAUGACUAACAGCGACUUCCGACAAGUGCGAGUUACACACAGCGAUGCAUAAAUUAAAAAGCUCACAGCGGGACAAGGUCCGGCAGUUUAUCGCAUUCACUCAGACAGGGGAGAAAACUGCUAUCAACUGUCUAAGCGCUCACGACUGGAAGCUAGAUGUUGCAGUGGACAAUUAUUAUCAAAAUCCGGAUAGAUAUAAUUCUGAACCACGCAUGUCUGUCGACAGGAGAAAGCUAGAAACACUUUGGCAUAGAUAUAAAGAUCCUCAUGAAGAAGACAAGAUGACUGUAGACGGGGUGAUGAAGUUUCUAGAUGACCUUCAGCUCAACCCAGAAUCUCUGACAGUGUUGAUCUUGGCCUGGAGAUUUAAGGCAGCAACACAAUGUGAAUUUACUAAGGAUGAAUUUAUAAAUGGCAUGAUUGAGAUGGGCUGCGAUAGUGUAGAAAAGCUGCGAAGCAAAUGUAGCAACCUUGAACAAGAAAUUGUAGAUCCUGGUCGCUUCAAAGACUUUUACCAGUUCACUUUCAACUAUGCCAAAAACCCUGGACAAAAAGGAUUAGAUUUGGACAUGGCUCUUGCAUACUGGAACAUUGUACUGGCUGGGAGGUUUAGAUUCUUGGAUCUUUGGUGCAAGUUUUUGCAGGAAAACCACAAGAGGUCAAUCCCUAAAGAUACAUGGAACUUGCUGUUGGAUUUCUGUAACAUGAUUAAUGAUGACAUGAGUAAUUAUGAUGAGGAAGGAGCGUGGCCUGUGCUGAUUGAUGACUUUGUAGAAUAUGCAAAACCAGCAAUUCAAGCUCGACGCAACAAUGGCACCACAUUAUAGCCUUCACACAUUUUUAGCAGCUGCUGUCUUUUGUGUGGCUUUGACCUAUGACCCAGACCUGACUCAGUGUCACCCAUGAUUUGGGUGACAUUCUCCCACUCUAAGGGCAGUUUAUAUUAGCCCUGUAACGUGUUAUGGACACAAUUGUGCAGAUACCUGUGAGAGUAUAAAUGUGUAAGAGUAAAAGUCUGUGUGUUUAUUGCAGAAAUUGAAUGUGGUUUGAUUUUGAUGUGACUAUGCAUAUAACAUAAAAAUAUUCAGACCCAGGUGGAAUGCUGUGUGUGUGACUAAAGGUCUUGGACAUCAGUGCAUGAUUUGUGUAGUCGUUGGAGAUUUUCCUUUAAGGCAUACUUAAACCAAAAAAGAUUUUUAAAAUUCAUAAAAGAACCUGCUUUUUUCAUGUUUUCAUUUUUGUUAUUAUUUUACCUUAUUUAUUUCUUUACCUUUAUUUAUUUUUUUCUUUUGGGCCAAUGUUUCUAAUAGGUGUUCUGGACUAUCAGAGGUUCUUUAGAUUCACUGCAUUGGGUUUAUACUUGCAUUAGAAUAAAUAAAUGCUGCUACUUUUAUAAUAAAGCGUAUCCUUACUGAUUUUAUUUCCUUUUGCUAGUACCAUUUGUAUUGUUAUAUGAUUCCGUGGCCAAAUAUUCUAGGAAGUUGGUUGCUAAUGUUAGAAACUCGUUUAACCAGUUCAUAAGUUGAUGGGCUCAUCAUCAUGUAAGCAAGGAUUGUUAUGCAUCAGUGCAUGGUAAUGGAGCCAGUCACUCAUUUCAGAAUGUGGGUUUUCCCAUGCAUGCACUAUUAAUCCUGUCUAAAGAGUAGGGUAUCAAUUUUUUUUUUAAUCUUAUGACUGCUAGCUGUCAACCAUGACCAUGAGUAAUUUCUGAUAUUGUGGGUUCUAUUACAGGCCUCAACCCUUUGAGGACCAAGGGACAUAUUUAUCCCAUACUUUCAAAUGCAAUUGAAACAACUUAAAGCAGUCAAAUUUGUAUGAAACCACUCAGUAUGUCACUGACUUUAUAUUGAAAAGGCUGGUUUUGAUAUAUAUGCGUCAGUUUCAUUGUCAAAUUGAGAGGAAUUUUCAGUUUGAAGACUACCCACAAAAUUGAAAUUUGAUUUUUUAAUAAAAUAAACUAUUGUGCUAAGAAGACAAACUGCCACUGAUUUUGCUUGGAGGUUACUAAUGUAAUGUGUUAAUAUUUUUGUUUCAGGAUUUUAUUUGCUUUCUUUCAAAAAUUAUUUGAGUUUUUUUUUAGCUGUGGGACAUAUAUGUCCUUAGGGACCGAAAGAGAACUUUUAUGUAGCUUCUUUAUCCUUCAUGUUUUUGCAGUUGAUACAACAAACGUUGACUAAAAUGAAGAACUCAAUGCUUUUGAGAUAUUUAAAAAAUCCUGUGAUUUUGAUGGCUUGAUAGUUCUUGUUGAGCAAAGUGAAUUGUACAUGUAGAUUCCUUUCCAAACUGAUGCUGAAGAAAUCUGUGCAUUCUUGGGAAUAAAUAUUGUAAUGGGAUAUCAUGAGGCUCCGCCCUUGAAAGACUACUGGUCCACUGAACCUGAUCUCUCCAGGUGUCAUACGUUGCUAAUGUGAUUCCUCAGAAUCGCUUUGAAGUGGUAGGCAAUUCAUUACACUUUGCAAACAGUGAAGAGAUGCUUCAGAGAACAGAUCCCAAUUUUGAUAUGGUUUACAAAGUUCAGCCUGAUGACUUAUUUCAAUUGAUGUUUCCAAAAUGCACGAAACCCUUGCAAACAGUUGGUAAACGCAUGAUAAAAUUCAAGGGGCACAACACAAUGAAGCAAUACACAAAAAAAAAAAAAAACCCAAUAAAAUGGGGGAUUCAAGAUAAUGUACAGGUUUAAUUCGAAGACCUGUUACCUGUAUCAAUUUGACUUGUACACAGAGAAGAAAACUGAAACAGAUAUGGACUUGGAGAGGAGUGGUUGUUAUGCUGACUAAACCACUUGAGCAUUUGUGUUGUGAGGUUUGAUCACUAUCCGGAUGAUAAAAAUUUUGAUAGAACUUGUAUAUCAUCUUAAUUACAAUGCUUUUCCCUUGCCGAUCAUAGGGACACAUUUGUCCCCCUCUGUAUCUCAAAAUAUGCGGUUUCAAAUAAAUGUUUUUGAAUCUACACGCCAUUUCACCCCACAAUAUGUCAAAGGAAUAAAAAUUAUAUGCAUACAAUCCUUGCAGUUCUUAAAGGGUCAAUUAGUCAUGAUGAAAUAGUCACAUCUUAAGAUUCAUGAGUUUUAAUCAAUUUUUAAAUUUAUCAUUUAAUUCAUCUUUUUACAACACAGACCAAACAAAGUAGAAAAUAUAUUGGAAGUGACGGUUGAGGUGAACCUCUGAUUUUGUCCAGAAUUUUUCUUUAGCUUUUUAGAGACUAAAUUUUUUAAAUGUGGAAGUGAAAUACAUUUGUUUUUCAGCCAUCAAACUAAGAUGUAGCAGCAGAAUACAUCAAAUACUGCUACAAUUUUACUUACAUUUUGCCGAAAGAUAGUAACUCUGAACCUCAUGGUGUAGCAUGGUCUUUAGUUAACCAUAUCGUCUGUGGAAAAGCAGGUUUGUGUUGAUCUGGUAUGGAACUUGCAGGGCGUAACACUGUGACUACUGAGCCUGAUAUUUGGGUUGUCCUUUAUUUAUCUACAGCAUAGUUUAUGCUGUACUUUUAUUUUGCAUCAUUUGAGUUUUGUUUUAUUUAGUUUUAGAAAUUGUGUUUUUAACUUCAGUGAUUCAUGAAUUAUUAUUUUAUGUUUUAGAGAUUGCUUUAGAUAGUUGCACUGAUUCUUCAAAUUUUCUGGAGACCGGAAUGUAUUAAGUAGCAAAAAUGUGUGUGGUCUCUUGCAAUACACUUGUUUUAGAAGUUGGAAAAAAGUGUUCUAUUCAGAUUUUUUGUAAUGCUUAGAACUCUAGCAUAGUGUUGAGCAUGAAAGGGCUAAUGCCAGUGUUGUAAUGAAGACCUGAUAGCAAAACAAGACAAGGAAAGUCCUUAGUGGCUUAAAAAAACAGACUAAGCCAAAGGCAGAAAUAGUCUACACAGUAAUAGCACAGGCAUGAGGCUGGCCAUUAUUUAAUGAUCUCAGCAAACCUUUAACUCACUGGUCCAGCCUGUUUCUGUGUAAUUUUGACUGAUUAAAAUGGAGAGACGAAAAGUUCUAUGAUGAUCACAGUUGCGACCCAGGCCUGGCACAUAAUUGUUCUUUGACGAUGAGUAAAAGAUACAAAGUUUGCAAGUUAAAAAAUAGAAAGUGAAAGCAUAACAUGCGUGGUUCGGACUUGGUUAUCCAUAUGAUUUGGACGUAUUUUCUGUGAUCUUUGAGCUGUAAGUACUCCAAAACACCAGGAAAGAAAAAAAUGUUUUGGCGACAAAAAUGAGGUUUUGUUUCUCCAUUUGGCAUACAUAAUUACUCUCUUAGAUUUAAGCCUAAUAAUUUCUGUAAUUCACUGAUCUGAUUUUUGACAUGAUUUGUUGCUGUCAUCAUUGUGAUAGAGUAAAAGUACUCUUUGGUUUGUCAAAAAUACUUCUUUCCUGUCUAAUAAUUCUUUUGUCUUGGACUAAAGUAAGCAGGUCUGCAGUGAUCAUUUACGGCUGAUAAAGGAGGAAGAAUGGUGUGUGGAUAUGGGGUGUCCUAUUUAACUGACAAAUAGAUAUGCUUAUCUCCCAUGUUACUUUUAGUGAUAUAUUCAAACGGAUUUGCUACAUAUCAUGGCUACUAGAGUGUAAGAAUAAGACUGUUAUAUAGUUCUGUUGAGAGCUCUCCCCGUGAUAUUGCCUCAGUUAAUGGCAGGGUGUUAAACCACACUAACCUAACCUGUUGAGAGUUUGAAAAUAAUGUCAACAUGAUUGUAACAUAUUGACUAAUCUGUGAUGCAGGUACUGGUUAGUUGACAGGGUAUAGAGAUAACAUCUGCAACUGCCAUCUGGUAAAAUGUUGUCUUUGUUUUAAAUACUGAAGAGCUCUGCCCACAAUAUCUGGAGUUCUCAGUUUAAUUGAGGCUCAGCUCUGCUCUGCAGAGUGACUUGUUUAUAAAUGGCCAGUAAGAGAUUUAUGGCAGUGAAACUGAACAAAAUGCUGUCGGAGAAACAGCAUUUAGCUGCUGCCACUACAUAGACAAUUUAUCAUUUUAUUUUAAGUAUAGAACUUGUUGGAAGGAGAAAAUAGGUUACUGUUUGGAACAAAAUAUUGCACAUAUUGAUGCUAGUUCUUCUAUUCACAUUAUCAUGCCAACAUUAAACAGAAUAGACCCAUUAACUUGUAAUUGCUAGUUGUAGGAAUAGCAUAAAAAAAAGCAAUCCAAAGAUAGAUACACAGUGAUAGAGAAAAAAAAAAUCAAAUGAAUUUAUGGUAUUAGCCUUAACUCAGCCUUGAUGUCAUAUAAAGAAUGUUUCAUUGUAACAACAAGAAUUUAUUUCACUUUCACUCCUUCCUUAGACCACUUGGUAGUUCUUACAUAGAAAAUUUUCAAAAUAGCUUGCAUCUUCCUGCUAUUCAGCUUCAAGUGCUUAGGACCUACUACAAUUUGCAUUUCAAUAUUUCGAAUUAAUAAAAUUGGAUAGGAAAGAACCAAAGCUGCUUCAUGCCAUUACAUGACUGUAUGAUUUCUUUGUCACUAGCAUUUACCAUUUUGAUGGAGAUUUGGUGGAUUAUUCACUAAUGUGUUAAGGAUACAUUGAUUUGUUUGUCAGUACUCUGCUGUACUGUUCAGCCAUCAGUUAAUGUGAAUAUGACAACAUUUAGUUUGUUUUAGUCUACAAUCCAUAAGAGAAAAAUACACAGAAUACAGUAUUAAAAAGAUAAAACAUAAGGCAAAAUAUUUAAAAGUAUACCAGCAAAGCAAACCACGACAAUGUGCAUACAAAAGUUCACCUCUCUUCACCCCUUCAAUACUUGCUGUAUAAAUCUGCCCUACCUAACCUUGUAUCUGACCAAAAUAAAAUUAGGUUUUAACAUUUGCUUGAUAUGGCAUUUAUAAACAUUUCUUUUACUUUCAUUGUGUGUGUUUUUCUUUUUUAAAAAAAAGGAAUGUUUCACUUUUCAGUUCAUCAGGCUUUUAGUCAUACAUGAGUUUUUGUUAAACUUCCAUUCCUGAAGUAUGCACUUGUAAGGCUCUUUACUAAAGUAUAUUUGGAAUAUUUAUUAGUAAAAUAAAGUACUUGCAGCAUGAAAGCUAGUUAUGUAACUCCCAGACCAUGUUAUGAGUUGCUGCUUCCAUUUAAUUGCUGUCUUUUGAUGUGUGACAUUGCCUGGUAACUGCAGGUAGAAUGUGUCUUGUUUGUACCUAAAGUGUAUGAGAAGUACAUGAAAAAUAAACAUGUUGAAUUUC